CGGACAUAGUGUUCAAGUAUCGCCAGAGCGUGACACGGUCGUUUGAGCACAUUCAGGGGGACUACUACAUCGCUCCUACCUUCCUGGACAAAGUCGUCACAUUCAUUGCAAAGAACUACCUCGCUUCCCAGCUCAGCUGCAGGAUCCCACUCAUCCUCGGCAUAUGGGGUGGGAAAGGGCAGGGGAAGACGUUUCAAGUGGAGCUGAUAUUCAAGGCGCUGGGGUUGGAGCCGAUCAUUCUGUCAGCUGGAGAGAUGGAAAGCGAGUGGGCUGGCGAACCUGGGAGGCUCAUUCGCAGCCGCUACCGCGACGCACAUCUCGUCAUCAACAAUAGGGGCAAAAUGAGUGCUUUGAUGAUCAACGACCUCGAUGCCGGGAUUGGCCGAUUCGCGCACACACAGACGACGGUGAACAAUCAGAUGGUGGUGGGCACGCUCAUGAGUCUCUGUGACGACCCCACGCGGGCCAGUGUGGGGCAGGACUGGCGCGAGGGGGACCUGCUGAACCGCGUGCCGAUCAUCGUGACUGGAAAUGACUUCAGUACGCUCUGGGCGCCGUUGAUUCGUGAUGGACGCAUGGAGAAGUUUUACUGGCAGCCCACGAAGGAGGAUAUAGUGAAUAUAGUGUACCGAAUGUACAUUAAAGACGGAUUAUCACUUCAAGAUAUCGAGAGGCUCGUCGACAGGUUUCCAAACCAACCGUUGGACUUCUAUGGUGCCCUUCGUGCGCGCACAUACGAUGAGAAAGUGCUCGAGUGGGUGGAGGCCAACGGAGGGCCAUCCAAGGUGGGAAAGCUGCUGAUCAAGCCGAGGAGAUGGGAUGAUGGCAGCGAUGGCAAGGACACCAGACCCUCCGUCGACCCGCCUGCGCAAACCCUAGAGGAGCUGGUAAGGGCAGGAGAGCAGAUAGAGCACGAGCAGAAGUUGAUGAAUGAAGCUCGGCUGUCGGAUGAGUACAUGAAGAAACAGACGGGUCCAGGGAUCGGGCUCGCGAUGGGUUGA